GGCGAAAAGAAUGGCUUCUGCCCAACAGUGUAGCACACACAGAACUGCGAAACACAUGCUUGUCUCAAAGUUUUCUGAAGACUCUGAGGAAUAUUGUUAAUUUCAGACACACUGGUUCACUGGAGAAUGUCAAUAGCGACAUAUUGGCCUAUGAAUCAAAACGACAUGCUUACAGCUAUGAGGGCUACAAGGCACGAUGUCAGCUAGCAGUAAUAGACCACAACAAUCAUCGUAAUAGAGAGUCACUUUGGAAUAAAGAAGGCCAAGUAAUGUACUACAGGGCAUACUCAGCUAGCUCA